AUGUCAGCUAUCAAUAAUAAUAAUUUAUCAUUCGAAUUGACUUCUGACUGGGAUAUUAUUCAUUUCACACAUUUAAGCAAUGGUGUCAAAUGGGCAGGAUUGUUAACAUUAGAAGAAUACGCUGAUAGAGAAUAUAUGUUAGGGACCUCUGAAAUAUCAACAAAGAAUGAAAAUGAUAUAUUUAUUCAAGAACACCCUACUUUUGCAGAAUGGCUGGGAAUUAAGCAUUUCAUUCUAAAGGAUACAUCAUUACCAAUUGGAAAUGCUAAGACUGACCAAAUUGUAUCUAGUUGUGAAACCUUGAAUCGAUUAGGAUACUGUAUCAACCCUAAGCGUGGUAAUAGUAUAGAACCAGCUUUAAUAUUAUGUAUUGGUGGUGUUUGGACUCAAGAGAAUCACCGUGGUAAGAAAUAUGCUGAACAGAUGAUUGCUUCUUUAAACAAAUUUUACGAUGAAAUUAGAAAUAGACAUGAUGCACCAGUUGCCAUUAAAAAUAUGGUGAUUACUCUAUAUAGUGAAGUUGGUGAAUAUUAUAAACGUGUUGGAUAUACUUCUCGUCAUAUCCCCAUUCAUGAACUAACAAAGCUUGACCAGAUAGGUGAGGAAUAUUGUAAUGGAAUCCAACAGCCUGUUGGGAAAUUUUUAGGUUUUAGUGAUUAUGAAGAUUUAGUUAAGUUACAUGUUUCAAAAUAUGCUCGUACACUGUUAAAACUGCAUGUGGAGCAUCCUAACUCUUUUGUAUUUACAGUUGCAGCAGAUAUUGAUAUAUAUAAAUGGUUUCAACAUAGAGAUGAAUUCAUCAAGAACAAAACCAAGAAAGGUGAAUCUGGUGUCUCUAAAUUUGGAUUCAGAUUUAACGACGAUAAUACGCAUGUCAUUUGGCAUCAUAAUUGGAAUGACGAUACUUUGAUAAUAGUCACGCUCUUCUAUGGUGAAGAAUCUCUCAGUAACGACGGAUCUAGAAUGAAACAAAUCAUGUCAUUAGCCAUUCAAGAAUGUAAAGAUCAAAAACUGUCCAAACUUGAGUUUUGGAACGAAGAAAUUCCAAUUAAAGAACAGUAUCCAGAACUAUAUUCCACUUUAUCAAGAUUAGAACCAGAAGGUCAUUUAUUCAAAGAAAAUGGUUCAAUAAGUGCUUUCAAAAGUCCACCAGGUUAUGGACCAGAAGAAGUUGAAUGGGCUAACAACACAAAAUUUUGCUGGUUCUAA